UCAUAAUCAAACUUAAAAUGAUUAUGCACCGCAUCCAGUCUUUUGUAUGUAAUAAUUUGGUGCCAUUCGUGCCAAAUUUGGUUGGCCGAAAGAAAUUUGCGACAUGGGUCAAGGGUGCAUCAUCAAAUCCCCAUUUAACUCCGUACACAGCAGCUGCAAGUUACAUGACUCGCAAAUAUGCGAGUUCAUCGGGUGCAGCAGAACCUUUUCUAAGUGGUUCCUCAUCAACAUAUGUGGAGGAUAUGUAUAAUGCCUGGCUUCAGGAUCCUUCAAGCGUCCAUGCAUCAUGGGAUGCCUUUUUUCGUAAUUCUAAUGCUCCUCCUGGCCAGGCAUACAUAGCUCCUCCAUCAAUCGCAGGACCCCAGAAAGGUCAUGUACCACUUUCAAUGUUUACUUCAAAUCUUGGUUCUCCGCAAGUUAGCGAAAAAGUGAUCGAUGACCAUCUGGCUGUUCAAGCUAUAAUAAGAUCAUAUCAGAUCCGCGGUCACCACAUUGCUCAGUUGGAUCCGCUGGGAAUUUCAUCUGCAGACCUCGACGAUAGGCACCCUCCGGAACUACUCUAUAGCCACUACUCAUUUGACAAGGUUAAAGAACAGAAUGAAUCCAAGUCUAGUUCUGAGCCCAAGUCUCAUUCACAACUUCUCCAGAAAAGAAUCCUUGGCGUGAAACAGAAUGAACAAGAUAUGGAUCGAUCCUUUAAGUUACCCACAACAACGUUUAUUGGUGGAAAGGAGAAGAUUCUGACUUUACGAGAGAUCCUUAAGAGACUAGAGAAUGUUUAUUGUCGACAUAUUGGUGUGGAGUUUAUGUUCAUUAAUUCUUUGGAACAGUGUAAUUGGAUCAGACAACGUUUAGAAACCCCCGGUGUAAUGGACUUUGAUGCAAACGCCAAAAGGAUGAUACUUGCCAGAUUAACACGAGCAACUGGGUUUGAAGCAUUUCUUGCCAGAAAGUGGUCAAGCGAAAAGCGAUUUGGUCUCGAAGGGGCAGAAAUAUUAAUCCCAGCAAUGAAGCAAAUCAUCGAUAAAUCGACUGAACUUGGUGUGGAGUCCGUUGUCAUGGGCAUGCCUCAUAGGGGCCGUUUGAAUGUCUUAGCUAAUGUUUGCAGAAAACCAUUGGAGCAGAUUUUCACUCAGUUUGCAGCUCUUGAAGCGGCUGAUGAUGGGUCAGGAGAUGUAAAAUAUCAUCUCGGUACAUAUAUUGAACGCUUAAACAGAGUCACCAACAAGAACAUUCGAUUAGCUGUCGUUGCUAAUCCGUCUCAUCUAGAAGCUGUAGACCCUGUUGUUCAAGGAAAAACCCGUGCUGAGCAAUUCUACAGGGGAGAUGGAGAAGGCAAAAAGGUUAUGUCUAUUUUACUUCAUGGGGAUGCAGCGUUCUGUGGACAAGGUGUCGUUUUCGAAACAUUUCACUUGUCGGAUUUACCAGAUUACACAACUCACGGCACAAUCCACAUUGUAGUCAACAACCAAGUCGGGUUCACAACAGAUCCAAGGUUUUCAAGAUCGUCAGCAUAUUGCACAGAUGUUGCUAGAGUGGUCAAUGCCCCCAUAUUUCAUGUAAAUUCUGAUGAUCCGGAAGCUGUUAUGCACAUCUGCAAUAUUGCGGCAGAAUGGAGAAACACAUUUCAUAAGGAUGUUGUGAUAGAUAUUGUGUGCUAUCGAAGAAAUGGACACAACGAAAUGGACGAACCAAUGUUUACACAACCGCUUAUGUAUAAAAUAAUUAAACAGACCAAGCCUGUAUUAGAUAAAUAUGCAGAAAAACUCAUCUCAGAAGGUGUUGUCAAUGCCGAUGAGGUUAAAGAUGUUAAGGAAAAAUACGAUAAAAUCUGUGAAGAGGCAUAUGGUAAAGCCGGAAAGGAAACGCACAUAAAAUUCAAAGAUUGGCUAGAUUCCCCAUGGUCAGGGUUUUUUGAAGGUAAAGACCCUCUAAAAAUGUCCCCUACAGGCGUCAAGGAAGAUACCCUUGUUCAUAUUGGAAAGCGGUUCUCAUCUCCCCCACCGAAUGCAGCAGAAUUUGUCAUUCACAAAGGUAUUGAGCGCAUAUUGAAGGCUAGGCUGCAGAUGGUUGAACAGAGAACUGUUGAUUGGGCUUUGGGUGAGGCAAUGGCUUUUGGAGCUUUACUAAAAGAAGGUAUUCAUGUGAGACUUUCUGGACAAGACGUUGAAAGAGGGACAUUCUCUCACCGCCAUCAUGUGCUCCAUCAUCAAACAGUGGACAAAGCAACAUACCGACCCCUGUGCAAUCUUUACCCGGAUCAGGCCCCUUACAGUGUAUGCAACAGUUCUCUUUCAGAAUUUGGCGUUCUAGGCUUUGAGCUUGGCUAUUCCAUGACGAAUCCAAAUGCGUUGGUUUGCUGGGAAGCACAGUUUGGCGAUUUCAACAAUACGGCGCAAUGUAUCAUUGACCAGUUUAUUUCAUCUGGCCAGGCAAAAUGGGUGCGACAGUCUGGUCUCGUUAUGCUCCUCCCUCACGGAAUGGAAGGUAUGGGCCCCGAGCAUUCAUCUGCACGCUUGGAGAGAUUUUUGCAGAUGAGCGCCGAUGAUCAAGAUUACAUGCCCCCACAAAGUGAAGAAUUCGCUAUAAGACAGCUUCAUGAUAUAAAUUGGAUAGUGGCAAACUGUUCUACACCAGCUAAUUACUUCCACAUUUUACGGAGACAAAUUGCAUUACCGUUCAGAAAGCCUCUCAUACUUAUGACCCCAAAAUCAUUGUUAAGACACCCAGAAGCAAAGUCCAGUUUUGACGAAAUGACUGAAGAUACACAAUUUCUAAGGGUGAUCCCUGAAAAAGGGCCUGCUGCACAAAACCCUAGCGGUGUGAAAAAAUUAAUCUUCUGCUCAGGAAAGGUGUUCUAUGAUAUCAAAAAGGCAAGAGCCGAAAAGAAAUUGGAAGAACAGAUCGCUAUCGCUCGGGUCGAACAGAUUUCACCAUUCCCGCAUGAUCUUGUACGUGAAGAGUGCGCUAAAUAUGCUAAUGCGAAAUUAUGCUGGGCUCAAGAGGAACACAAAAAUCAAGGAUCAUGGACCUACGUCCAACCCAGAUUUGCUACCGCUUUGAACAAAUCUCGUGAAAUUGUCCAAAAGUCAGAGAGCGGGGGUGGUUUCCUAUCGUCCCUAUUUGGAAAGUCUCCCGAGAAUAAACAACCCGAAGUGGUGACUACCGAGGAACAGCAGAGGACAGUUAGUUAUGCAGGAAGAGCAGCAGCUGCUUCCGCAGCAACCGGAAGCAAAAUGAUGCACUUGAAGGAGUUAGCUCAACUUUUAAGCGAUGCCUUGAGCAUCUAAGUUCUUUCAAAGAAAGAUUUUUAGUUUCAAUUAACUUGCACGAACUUUUCAAGCCUGGUUCGCGUUGUUGUUCCGUUUUCCUUCAUUCAGUUCUAUUUGGUCACAAUUGGUGGAACCAAAUUUUAGAAAAAUCAGAUGCGUGAUAAUCCGAACGAAAAUACUUUUCGAACGAAUAUUUAUUUUUCUCUUUUGAACUUUCUGUAACUGUUCUUAUGAGAUUGUUUUUCUUGUCACCAGACUAUUGUUCUAACCAAAAUUUAGUGAAUGAGAUCUUAUUUUUAGUGCAAUUAGAAAUUUCCUGAAAAAAAAGGAAAACCAAGUUUACUCUUUGUAAGGAUUACACCUUUUUUUUUGUUUGCAUUAAUUUGUCACAAGAUUUAUUUAUGUCAUUCUAUCAUUUCCUUUGCUUCAUUAUUUAUUUUUGCCUGUCUUAAUUUUAAAAAAAAGUCUGUAA